CCUCCGCCCCUUUAGGGCGAGGAUUGGGCCUUGCUCGCUCGGGCCGCUGCUCCUGCGCUGCGCCUCUGCUCUCCUGAGGACGCGGCGGAGACACGUGUCUGGGGCUGCUCGUGUGGAUGCUCGCAUGGCUUUCCCUUGCAAAGCAAAGUUCCUCUGGUAGCAGGGCAGCCUAUGCUGCUACAGAGUGAUGCACAAUGCCCAUAGUGGACAAACUGAAGGAAGCCCUAAAACCUGGGCGGAAGGACUCUGCUGAUGAUGUUGAGCUGGGCAAGUUGUUGGCAGCUUCUGCCAAGAAGAUUUUGUUGCAAAGGAUUGAAUUUGAACCAGCCUCAAAAAGCUUCUCCUACCAGCUGGAGAGCCUGAAAAGCAAGUAUGUUCUAUUGAACCCAAAGACGGAAAAUCCUAGUCGGCACAAGGGCACUGAAGAAGGACCCAACAGAAAGCAAGGCAUUGAGCAUGUUCUAGGAGGUGAUGGAGUGCCAGCCCCGCAGAAGGUCCUCUUCCCUUUGGAGCGUCUCUCUCUGAAAUGGGAGAGGGUGUACCGUGUCGGAGCUGGGCUCCACAACCUGGGCAACACUUGCUUCCUCAACUCCACCUUGCAGUGUCUGACAUACACUCCGCCUCUAGCCAAUUACCUGCUUUCCAAGGAGCACAGCCGCAACUGCCACCAGGGAGGCUUUUGCAUGAUGUGCGUUAUGCAGAAUCACAUGAUACAAGCAUUCGCCAACAGCGGAAAUGCCAUCAAACCAGUGUCCUUCAUCAGAGAUCUUAAAAAGAUUGCUCGGCACUUCCGUUUUGGCAGUCAGGAGGAUGCUCAUGAGUUCUUGCGUACACCAUUGAUGCCAUGCAGAAAGCCUGUCUCAACGGCUUACCAAACUGGAUCGUCAGACUCAGGCUACCACAUUGGUACAUCAGAUCUUUGGUGGUUACCUCCGAUCUCGUGGUGCAAGAAGAAGUGCCGCCAGCAAGCGCUUUCCAUCCAUCGAGCAUCCAAUGUACUCACGAUCUCUCUCAAGCGCUUUGCCAACUUCAGUGGAGGCAAGAUCACCAAGGUGUGA